AUGUCUGCUACUUCUGAUCCCUAUGAUCCUUACGGUAACACCACCCCAGGGACCCAUCUUGUCCCGAAAGACAAGGUAUCUCUAGAGGACUUCGUUCUGAUUAAGGUCAUCGGCAAGGGGAGCUAUGGAAAGGUCAUGCUGGUCCGAUACAAGAAGGAUAAUAACGUGUAUGCUAUGAAGAUGUUGAGGAAAGAAAAUGUGAUGAAACGGAAUCAGGUUGAGCACACCCGUACAGAGCGUAACGUGCUUGAGACGGUUUCCCAUCCCUUUAUUGUAAACUUGGUCUAUGCGUUCCAGACUCCUAAGAAGCUCUACUUCAUAUUGGAGUAUUGUCCAGGCGGCGAACUCUUCUUCCACCUAUCCCGAGCCCAGCGCUUCUCCGAGAAUAGAUGUCGGUUCUAUGCCUCGGAGAUCCUGCUGGCCAUUGAGUAUCUCCACAAGUAUGAUAUAGUCUAUAGAGAUCUAAAGCCUGAGAAUGUGCUGCUAGAUGCUGAUGGUCAUGUCAAGUUGACGGAUUUUGGCUUAUCCAAGGAAGGUAUUAUGGAUAACUCCUCAGCCAAGUCGAUGUGUGGUACUCCUGAAUAUCUAGCACCAGAGAUACUGGAGAAGAAGGGUCAUGGAAAGGCUGUGGAUUGGUACUCUCUUGGUGCGCUGAUGUAUGAAAUGCUCACAGGUCUGCCACCAUUUUACACAAGAGAUAGGGAAAAGUUGUUCGAAAGGAUUAGACACGGUGAAUUGUCUUACCCAUCUUAUAUCUCUCCCAUAGCUAAGAAUUUAUUGGAGCAGCUACUCUGUCGUGACCCCAACAAACGUCUAGGGUCAGGACCGGCAGAUGCUCAGGAUAUCAAGAGUCAUCCUUUUUUCCAAGGUGUUGAUUGGAACGCUAUGUUAUCGCGUCAAGUGACGCCUCCGUUCAAGCCCUCUGUAUCGACUCAGACUGAUGUUAAGUAUUUCGAUAGAGAGUUUAUUGAUCUACCAGCCAUCAAUAGCCUGGAGUAUUCAGGAGCCCCAGUCGCUGACGUACACCAUUUCGAUGGUUUUACGUAUCAGCCGUCCAAUCUCCCUCGAUAG